GCGUGUGGCGAUGACUCUUUGCACAGAAGCGGCUGUGGAGGCGGUAGUGGCGAGAGACAUGGCCCAUCAGCAUCAGCGGGUCUUCACCCUGCCCCGGCAGCAAUCCUUCACCCCGCCUCAGGUCCUCAACCCGUUCGUGCAAGAGCAACGUCUGAGCGCCAAGGACAAGUACCGGGCUGUCCUGUUGGGAAUUAUUCUGCUCCCGCUACGGGUAUCUUGCAUGCUGCUGAUUUUGAUUGUGGCAUGGCCGUUCGCAUUCCUGGCCACUUCCUGCAGUUAUCACAAAGGGAUUGUGCCACUGGUCGGGUGGAAGAGGUCCGUACCCAACAUCAGCCUCAGGUUCUUGGGCCGAGCCUUGUUCUUCGUGAUGGGCUUCCGUGUGAAAGUGAGAGGCGAGCCAGCCAGCCGCGCAGAAGCACCGAUCUUCGCUGUAGCCCCCCACUCCACCUUCUUUGACGGGAUUGCUUGUGUCAUUGCUGGGUUGCCGUCGAUCGUGUCUAGAACAGAGAACCUCAGAGUCCCCAUUCUUGGAAGAAUUCUUCAGUCGCUUCAGCCCAUUGUGGUAUCUCGCGUUGAUCCCAAUUCUCGGAACAAGACAAUCAAUGAAAUAAGCAAGCGGGCAACUUCGGAAGACUCAUGGCCACAGGUAUUGAUUUUCCCAGAAGGCACCUGCACAAACCGUUCGUGCCUGAUCACUUUCAAACAAGGGGCCUUUAUUCCAGGUGCCCCCGUUCAGCCCGUCGUACUCCGAUACCCGAACAAGAAGGAUACUGUGUCGUGGACAUGGCAGGGCAACACCUUCCUAGAAGCAUUGAUUCUGACACUGUGCCAGUUGUACACAAACGUAGAAAUUGAGUUUCUGCCUGUCUAUCGUCCAACCUUUGAAGAGAAGAAUUCCCCAGCUCUUUUUGCAAACCACGUCCGUCUUAGAAUGGCAAACGUUUUGGGCGUACCUGUUACGGACCAUACUUAUGAAGAUUGUCGGCUGAUGAUAUCGGCAGGGCAGCUGACUCUGCCUAUGGAAGCCGGUUUGGUGGAGUUCACCAAGAUCAGCAAGAAAUUAAAUCUCAAUUGGGCCAGUGUCCGAGAUCAACUGGAUCAGUUUGCUGCCGUUGCCAGUGCCUCAAAAGGGGGCCGGAUCCGAAUUGACGAGUUUGCCCGAUAUUUGAAAUUGCCUGUUUCCGAUGUUCUUGAAGAACUGUUUGCACUUUUUGACAGGAACGGAGAUGGCACCAUAGACUUCAGAGAAUAUGUGAUCGGGUUGUCUGUUUUAUGCAAUCCUGCCAACACGGAAGAAACCAUCCACAUGGCCUUCCAACUCUUUGAUCUCGACAAUGAUGGAGUUAUAACCGAAGAUGAAUUUGCCUCUGUCGUACGGUCAUCCCUUGGACUCCCAGACCUCGAUGUCUCUAAACUCUUUAAGGAAAUAGAUGCAGACAAGACUCAUAAGCUGUCUUAUGAGGAGUUCAAAGAUUUUGCCCUAAAACAUCCCGAAUAUGCCAAGCUGUUCACCACCUAUCUUGAGCUACAGCGAUGCCAAGUACAGAUCCCGUCGGAAGUUAAUGACCCUGUCUCCCCCGCUCCAAAAACGCCGGUAUCGAAAAAGAUCUCGGGCCCAAGCAAUAAAAUCUAUCCUCAGAACAGUGAAGAUGACAAUGCAGGUUCCUUGGACAAAAAGGAUGACUGAACCGCAAUGACUGUCUCAAAAAUAUGUACAUGUAGGAUCUUAUCAAGGAUUUUGUUUUGAAAAACAUCCAGCUGCUCCGGAAACUGGUCACGCAAAGCAAAGAGAAACAAAUGAACUACUUUUUAAAAAAACUUAUGCAUCAACGUUGCUUUUUUACUUAAUAAAUUAUUACUUUUUUUGCCAUGUCGGCUAUGUUCAGUUAAGAACUGUGUACUUUUGGUACCAGCACACAAAAUGAAACGUGGUACAGCAUCUGCUUUCUUCCAUAAGCCCUUUUUUUUCCUUUUCGGUUGCUUCAAGGCAGGAAUUUCUGCCCAACUGCAGAUUUGUUUCUGGACUAGCAAACGGUUUUCUCAGUAUCAGACCUUUUUGUUUGAAGAACUGGGCUCAAACUUCUUGGGUCUGAAGAAGGCUGGGCCUUACCUUUUUUGGAAUGGUCAGUGUGGUGGGAAAAAACCAGUGAUGUCCUUUUCUUGCUUAGCCACUCAUUUUUAACCCCGCCCCCCAUACACACACUUCCUGUUUCCCACCACAGGUCUGUGCCUUUGUUUAUUUCCACUUCUGUUCAUUAUGGAGUAGUUAGCUGGACGGCCAUUUUGUUCUUCUUGACUGGCCAUCAUAUGCCUUCUUGGAGAAAUGUGAAGGAAGGAUAUUGUGGUUGUCUAGGAAGAGCUGACUAGGAUGUCCCUUCCUUUCUAUUUCAGAUUGGGAGUGGGUAAAACAGUGUGCCUGAUAGGGAACCAUGUAUUUUACAUGGCCGCCCAAUCAUUUGCAAAUGCAACCAAUAAAGCAGAGCCCUCAAUAUGAUCUCUGUUAGAUCUUUGAUGUUGUUCAACUUGCAAAAUGUUCCAACAUUCCUAGACUUGGGGUGCUGUGUGGUUUCCGGGCUGUAGGGCCGUGUUCUAGCAGCAUUCUCUCCUGAUGUUUCGCCUGCAUCUGUGGCUAGCAUCUUCAGAGGAUCUUCAGAUCUUUUUCUGUUUUCAAGCUCUAACCUGCCCUUUGGAAGCAUCUGUCCUUUCCGAAAGGCUAGCAAGUUUUGUGACUGGUCCUGGAAAGUCCAUCAAGUCUCAACUGACUGAUGGAGACCCCAGCAAGGACCUUUCAAUGCAAAGGGAGAAGCAGAGGCGGGUUGCCAUUUCUCCCUCUGCAUAGUGACCUUAGAUUUCCUUGGUGGUCUCCCAGCCCUAACAAGGACUGACCCUGCUUAGUUUCCAAGAUUUGAUGAGACUGGGCUAACCUGGGCUAUAGUUGAAGAAAAAUGGGUGCGUAAGUAGAGCAAGGUUUUGUGGCUUUCUGGAAGUUUCCCUAUUUCCCUCCAGAUCUUUCAAGGGGAGCUUAGUUGAAUGGGGAGGGGCCACGUCUCAGCGAUAGCAAAUCUGCUUUGCACGCAACAAGUCCUAGAUCCAGUUUUGGCCAUCUCCUCUUUAAAAGGGUCAAGCAGCGGGUGAACUAGAAGACCUUCACCUGAGACCUCAAAGUGCCACCGGGUGAAGUAGACAACACGGACCUUAACCAGCCAAUAGUACAAGCAGUUUUCUGUCUUCAUGUAAAUUGCAAAUGCCUGUUUGUGAUGUCAAGGCUCCUAAGAACUUGGGACUUGACGACUGUAACCGUGUGGAAGUUCAAUCGCCCCGUUCUGAUACCUCGCCUGCACAAGAACCAUUGUACGAUGUCUCGGUAUGAGUUGUUUUCUUUCUUAUCAAAGCCACUUUAACUGCUGUGCAAAGCGUCAUCCCCCUUCCUACUUUCUACAGCGAGGGUUACUCGCUGAGAAAGGCUACAGUCAAGCCUGUAUAGUAGUAACUCUUCUUUUCCUCAGGGUCUUUUAAUCUUGCAAAGCCAUAGUACUGUAUUCUUGCACUCUGCUGAAGUUGUGAGUUACCUCAGUAAUACCUGUCUGAUCUGUCACUGCGUAUGAAGUGAAUUUUCCUUGUGUGUUUGCAGCUGGUUUGCUGCUGGAAAUAGGAGUAAAUUAUAGGAUUUUUUUCUCUCUCUGUUGUCUCAAGUAGGUAGCCUCGUUGGUCAGGUGUAGAAGAGCAACGUUUGAGUCUAGGCGCACUUUAGAGACCGGCAAGAUAUCCAGGGUACUAUCAGCUUUUGAGAGUCAAAGUUCACGUCAUCAGACUCUCGAAAGCUUAUGCCUUGAAAUGUUGUUGGGCAUUAAGGUUCUGCUAGACCAGGGACUCAUACCUUGCUCUUCUACUUGUGCACAUUAAGAGUUGUUGUCACUUCCAAGCUAUGGCAACCCGAUGAACUAACAACCCCCCCCCCCCCAACAGCCUAUUGUUAACAGCCUUCCUCAGUAUGACUUUUUGGGGACAAUGGCUCAUUCUGCACAUGCAGAAUAAUGCACUUUCAAACUGCUUUCAGUGCUCUUUGAAGCUGUGCAGAAUAGCAAAAUCCACUUGCAAACAGUUGUGAAAGUGGUUUGAAAAUGCAUUAUUUUGCGUGUGCGGAAGGGGCCAAUGAGUGGAAUAGAAAUGGACCAAAUAACACCAAUUGGUGGGGGGGGGGGGUUGGAAAAAAGAAAUGGGACUUUAUUUUAAAAAAUCUCCACUGUAAUUGCUGGCCAUAAAUUAACACCAUCAUGAGCACGUUUAACGUCAGUUUCAAUACUGUUAGGUGUGUUUAAGCUCUGUGAACACAUGUGUAUUUUAAUCAUCUUUUGCACUGUGACUUUUGACACACCAUGCAAGGGAAUAAAGAAGGGUUUGAAGAGAAGACGCAAUUAUUUAGGCACUGAAAUUUACUUGGGGGGUAAACUCUCAUGGAACAGAUAGGUGCAGAUGUUUCUGUGAUCAGGUGAAAUGGAAGAGUAAAAAAAUAUGGAAAUGCAUUUUGGAGGUUUCCCUAUCAGGUAAGAACACCAGGUUUCCAAUGGCAUUUUGAAUUUAUUAGUGAUUACUCUUGUGUGAUGCUGUGUUUUGUUGUCUGGGUCCCCCCCUCAGAUGUUGUGGCUCUUGAGGUUCUUGUGUCUCAAAUAAAAUGUUUUGUGAAAGAAA